UACUUCCUUGUUCGUGAGCACUCUGAGCAUAUCUUGGGGCAUUGGUUCACGUAGUAACCUGGUCGCCGAUGGAAUACAUUCGAUUGGCAUGAAAAGCUUUAUUAAGAAUAAUAAAGUGUUUGCUAUUUGGUAUCUGGAGAUCUUUAUAUUUGUCCGGCGGGAAGCGACGACUGCAAAUUCGGGGAUCAAGUAAGGUGAAACAUUAGCCGAGGCGAUCUUUGUGUUUCCAGGCCGCCUGCAUAAGAAGCUUUUCCACAUCUUCUGCCUCACGUACGAGUCCGUACAAGCAUGUCAGCACCAGGUUAUCCAUCUCCUCAGCAGCCUCCGUACCCCAUGCCUCAGCCCAGUCCUUACGGCGGGGCCCCAUACCCCGGGCCCCCAGGGGGUUAUGGGGACCCGAGUCAGGCACCCCCUGCGGGAUUCCAAAUGGGGUAUCAGCCACAGCCAGGCCAGCCGGUCAUGUACCAGCCGGGACCGGCCAAUCCCAUGCCUUACCAGUCGCCGAUGGCCAACCCUCAAUACGGGGCCGAUAACAUUACUAUGGCAACUGGUAGUCCAGCUGUACCCAUGUCCGUCGCCGUCGGAGUCCCUCCGGGCUUGGAGUAUCUAACGCAGAUUGAUCAGAUCUUGAUACACCAGAAAGUGGAGCUAUUGGAAGCUUUUAUCGGCUUCGAGACCAACAACAAGUAUGAGAUAAAGAACAGCAUGGGGCAGAAGAUCUACAACGCCAAGGAGAAGAACGACUGCUGCACGCGCAACUGCUGCGGUUCGCUGCGCAGCUUCGACAUGAAGAUCAAGGACAACAUGGAUCGCGAGGUCAUUCGCCUGGUGCGCCCCUUCCGCUGCGCUUCCUGCUGGUGCCCCUGCUGCCUGCAGGAGCUAGAAGUACAGGCUCCGCCUGGAACCACCAUUGGCUACGUGGUCCAGGACUGGCACCCCUGCUUGCCAAAAUUCUCAAUCCUUGGGCCGUCGCGGGAACCCAUCCUCAAGCUGGAUGGCCCGUGCUGCGCCUGUAACUGCUGCGGCGAUAUCAACUUUGAGCUAAAGGGUAAGGAUGGUGGGACACCAAUCGGGAGGAUCAGCAAGCAGUGGAGCGGCUUGCUGAAGGAGGCCUUCACCGACGCGGACAACUUCGGCAUCCAGUUCCCCCUGGACAUGGACGUGAAGGUCAAAGCCGUGCUGAUGGGCGCCUGCUUCCUCAUUGACUUCAUGUUCUUCGAGAAGGUCAAUGACGAGAAGCAGCGCAAUACAGUCUUCUCCUGAGAAGGAGAGAGAGCAGAUUGGCAUGGAAGGAAGUCCGUUCUGUCCCUCGACCUUCCUGCAUGGGGUGGGUCAUCCUCUGGGUCCUUUGGAGCUCAUUCCUCAUGUCUCUGUGAGGAUGGUUUGUAAAUUUUUUGGAAGCUUAUUGGCAUUUAUUAAUCUUAGUGUGUUACAAUUAAUAAAACGUUAAAAUUUGUGAAUCAGCGUUGUUCUAGUCUAGUUCGAUGUCACUUCAUUUUCAUUAGAUAACCAUUAGGGCAUAAUACAUUUAACAUCAGAUAUAUACACACGCUAAGAUAAAUGUGUUUACUUCAGCAUUAUCCUUAUUACUAAGUAGUUAAAGAAUUAUCAGUUUUGUCAUUUAUAGUCUUAGUUGUACAAAAUUAAUAAAUUCCAUAUAAAAAUCAGUUUUUGGGGUGACCUGAAAUGCAUUUACAACAUACAUGUAGAUUAGAAGUUUUUUUUUUGCAGCACAAUAUUAAAGUAACUGCAUUAAAUUAAUGUGCCUUUAUUUUUCUUUUUGUAUUUUUUUAUAUGAUAAAACGGGCAAUAGCCUAGUCAGUCUCUGAUGUCAGAGGGUGACAAACUCCUAUGAAAACCGCUGACUCCAACUAUGUUGCGUUAUUGUUAAAGAAAAACACCCUUACUUCUCAAUUAUAGCUGAGCCUUUUGUUAAAAAAAAUGCAAUUUGCAGUGAGCAGUAAAAACCAAGUUUUUUUUUACAGCACCAAGGAUCCUCUGUAAACUGGAAUGACUCAGAACAAUAUUGUUGAUCUUCAGUCCGAGUAUUUUAAUAGUUUUCCUUGGAUGAUGUUUUUCAGUAUUUUUUUAUUUUAUUUUUAGGAAUAGCUUCCUUCCUUACAGAGCCAGUGCACCGCACCCCCCCCCCCAUGUCAAGCUUCACCUUCAGUGAACCCUCCCCCCUUCCCCCUCCCUAGUGAACUGUUGGGAAAUGACAGGCUCAAAGUACGAUUGCUCAGGAGAGCUACAAGGAUAGGGUCAGGUGAGCAAAUUCUGUUGCCGUACAGGUGACAGAAAUGCGUGUGUUCAGCAGUUAGCGGUGAUGACUGCUGGUGAUCUUUGGGGCUGGGUGGAGGCAUCUCCACACCAGCUUCUUUGUGAAAUGGAUAAUGUGAUGAUUAACAGAAACGCAUGUGAUUCAUUCUGCUUGUGUGCCAAGGUCCUGCACAAACUCCAAAGACGCGUCUCAUUAGGCCUUGGUAUCUGAGUCUUUAAAUGUCAGAGGUGUUAUUUCCAGCUAAACAUGGACCAACCUUGCUUGAAAUACACUUUGGCCGGAAUGCUUCUGCACCCUACACCUACUGUGUCAUUUCCCUGUUUACUGUAUUGUAUAUUCAGUUUAAUACACAUAAAACCACUGAAGAGAAAAACAAUCCGUGUGGAACCCGGUCAAUAAACACGUCAGAAAGCAA